AUGCCGAGUGGCGCUGUCCAGACCGAGGCGGCGCACCUCCGGCACCGGGCGCCGCAGCAAGGGACUCAUCAGCAGCGACAGCGCCGGCCAUCAGGAGCCGCCGAAACGCUCGUCGCAGCCGCCAAACAUGUCGAGGAAAAGGUUGAAUCCGCUCUCUUGGUUCUCUGGGAUGAGCUUCCCCACUGGAGGCGGGACAAUGCUUUCAUAAUCCGCGGCUACAGGCAGACAAGCAACAGCGUCCGCGCAUCCCUAGCCAGUCUCAGCUAUCUGCACAACGAGACGGUCAAUAUCUGGACCCACCUGCUCGGCGCCGUGGCCUUCGCGGUGGUCGGCGUCCUUCUGCACGCCCUCAUUGCUCCGCGCUAUGAAUCGGCCUCGGACUCGGACGUGCUCGUCUUUGCCUGUUUCUUCGUCGGCGCCUUUCUGUGCCUGGGCAUGAGUGCUACAUAUCACAUGCUCUCAAAUCACUCUCCCGAGGUUGCCAAAUGGGGGAACAAGCUCGACUACACGGGCAUUGUCUUUCUGAUUGUCGGCAGCUAUGUGCCGGCCAUGUAUUAUGGCUUCUUCUGUCAUCCGUUCUUGUUGACUGUGUAUUUGAGUGCCAUUGUUUUCCUGGGCACUGGCUGUCUCGUCGUCUCCUGGUUCGAGCAGUUUCGCACGCCGGCCUGGCGCCCCUACAGGGCCCUCAUGUUUGUUGGGCUUGGCGUGUCCGGAAUCGUGCCCAUUCUUCAUUCCCUCUCCUUCUACGGGUAUCGGGAGCUUGACCGAAGGAUGGGCCUCAGCUGGGUCAUUCUUCAAGGCGGCUUGUACAUUUUCGGCGCCUUCUUGUAUGUGGCGCGGUGGCCGGAGCGCCACUUUCCGGGCACUUUCGAUAUCUGGGGGAGCUCUCAUCAGAUAUUCCAUGUUUGUGUGCUUCUUGCAGCGGCAGUGCAUUUGUACGGCAUGGCUAGGGCGUUUGACUUUCACCACGGCAUACUCAACAAGUCAGGGUCAUGUUGA